UUCACGGACACAUGAUUGACGCGGCGGCCAUUUUCCCGCUGGACGCUGCUCUCCUUCAUUGUGGGAAACGAACAAAAACAGAGCAGCGAAACGUAGCUGACGACUUCUUCUCAGUCGAACCCUCGUUGAUCUACAACAGCCAUGGCCCGUACUAAGCAGACAGCUCGUAAGUCAACUGGAGGCAAAGCUCCACGUAAGCAGCUGGCUACCAAGGCCGCUCGUAAAAGUGCCCCGUCCACUGGAGGGGUCAAGAAGCCCCAUCGCUACAGGCCCGGCACCGUGGCUCUGCGUGAGAUCCGUCGUUAUCAGAAGUCCACUGAGCUUCUGAUUCGCAAGCUGCCCUUCCAGCGUCUGGUGAGAGAGAUCGCCCAGGACUUCAAGACCGACCUGCGUUUCCAGAGCGCAGCCAUCGGGGCUCUGCAGGAGGCCAGCGAGGCCUACCUGGUGGGUCUAUUUGAGGACACCAACCUGUGCGCUAUCCACGCCAAGCGUGUCACCAUCAUGCCCAAAGACAUCCAGCUGGCCCGUCGCAUCCGUGGAGAGCGUGCAUAAUCCAUUUUCCCUCCGCUUCACCUUCUGCUCUUCCUUCACUAUUCUACCUGUCCGUCCCCUCACAGCCCCCCCCCCCCCAUGUUUAGUAGCAUGUAGAAGAAAGCUGAUUCUAUUCUAAUGAAAGUGUGUAGUUGUGUUUCCUUAGUGCUCAUACAGCAGACUCUUAGGAUGCAGUCUCUCUUUCUGUGCGUGUCCCGACUCUGUGGUGACAGAUCCUCCUCAGGGAGUGGAUGUUUGACAUGUGCUCCAACAGCAGUAGAAGAGGGUGGGUAUUUUUCUGCUGGGGGGGUGUUCUCUGCAGCAGGGUGCUAGAAGAACUCGCCCACUCCUCUGCUGCUUCGUACCAUCUGCCAGCCUUUGCUCAGAGAAGAGCAGAACCGUGAGUGUCGGCUCUGAUCACCUCAGUCAAUGAAACUCGGCACAUCAGCAUCUUUGCUCGUCGUAUCGAUCAUUUUGUUUGUAUCAUGUUAGAUUUUUUUAAACGAGUCUCAUGUUGUUUCUUACCUCAGACUGUUAGUGGCUGACAGACACGGAGGGAUGAAUCCGCUUAAAACAGAACAAAAUGGCAGGUUUAACUUCAUCUUUUCUACUGGAAUGUGCCGCUGACUCGUCCUGAUACCAAAGUUUGAUCCUGUCUCCCGGCGCUCGUUUCCCAACACGCCCAAUGGUUCCACCUUACCGUUGUCGUGUUGUUCAAAUUGGCGUCGUGUAAAUUUUUUAAAAGCCAAAGCAGCAUGGUGUCGGACAUUUUUAGUAGCCGUGGCUCUUUGUUUUUUUUUAAAAAAUGAGACCUUUUUUUUUAUAGAAAAGGUUUGUAAUACUCGCUUGAAUCUAAAGUUCUCAGUCUAAAAAAAACGUUUUCUACAUUUUAAUUGAAUUAUGAAAUGUGUUAAAUCAGUGUGACACAAUAAUGAUGUUUUUUUUUAUAACCCCUCCUGCUUCUGUCUGGUCCGUCUGAAACAGCUGAUCUGUUCUCCGUUUCUCAGGUUGAAUUCUUACCUGUUACACUUUUCAUUUCCAGCUCAAUCCUCUUUUUUUAAACUUUUUUUUCUUUUUUGAAAUGUUGAAUAAAAUGUUUCAGUUAAAACAAUGUUUGUAAUCUCCGGAUUUGUCAUAUAAGGUGGUAAUAAAUGGAUGUUACACACA